AUGAAGACAAUUUAUUUCUCUCACUUCCUCCAAGUUGAUAUUGUGUUCAAUAGUAAGGAAGAACUAAUCAAGUGGGCCAAAGCAACUGCAGAUAGUCAUUGUCACCGUUUGAUUUGUCAGUCUAGAAGGGAGAAUGCACAGUACUUGACGUGUGACAAAUACGGACAUGGCCGACAAACGAAUAUCGAUGUGGAAGAUCCUAGAAACACUGGAACAAAAAAAUGUGGUUGUCCGUUCAAAUUGAUUGGCAAAAAGUCAAGGUUUGAUGAAUUAUGGCGGUUGACUGUCAGCGAUGGCAGGCAUACUCAUCGUCCGGCUUUGUUUCCUCACGGACAAGGUACGACUAGUCGUAUAACUCCACAACAGAAAGCAAGAAUUAAAGAAUUGCGAAAUUCGCACGUGAAGCCAAUGCUAAUCAUGGAUAGAUUGAGGAAAGAUGAUCCGACGAUACAAACCUCUAUGAAGCAUGUUUACAAUGUGGUGGCCAAGAUUAAAUCUGAGGAAAUGGAGGGCAUGACUGUUAUUCAUUUUAUGAUGCAUAACUUUCAACAAGGCGAGUAUCGAUAUUGGCAUCGCGUCGAUAGUGAAACGAGCAACACGAUUACAUAUAUUAUGUUUGCAUGUCCCGAAUCUAUUAAGUUACUACGGCUGUUCCCGUAUGUUAUAUUGAUGGACUGCACAUACAAAACCAAUAAGUAUGCUAUGCCUCUUUUGGCAAUAAUUGGGAUAACUCCAGUUGGGAGGAAUUUUACAAUUGUUGUUGCAUUUAUGUCGCAUGAAGAUGCAGAUACCUAUGAGUGGACUUUGAAUUGUUUGAAAGAGUUGCUAGAUGGUGUCGAACCUAAUGCGAUCUUGACAGACAUGGAGUUGGGUCUUUUGAAAGCACUGCCAAAUGUCUUCCCAUUUUCGUAUCAUAUGUUGUGUAUAUUCCAUAUAAACAGAAAUGUUGAGGCAAAUGCGACGAAAUUUAUGAGAGGCAACAAUGACCAAGGUCUAAUAUUUCGACGUGGGCUGUGGGCUAAGCUGGAGAAGUUUGUUCGAGCCUAUACUCGCAAUGUGUAUCAUUUUGGCAACACGAGCACCAACACGGUGGUGAGUGCUCAUUCUUUUGCGAAGGGUUGGUUAAAUGCUUCGACCGGAGGUCUGGAUAACGUGCAAGGCAAACUUCGGGACCAAGUUUAUAUCCAAAUUAGUCAGCUGAAGUGCGAUUUUUCAUUAUCAUCCAAGAUAAGGAAGCAUACUGCAGCAUGGCCGUGUUUUCAGGGUUUGAUUUGUUAUGUUACGCAUCUGGCAUUAGAGAAAUUGGAUCAAGAGAUGGAGUCCCCGGCGAUGCAAGAUUCGAACUUGCAUCCAUUAUGGAGUACCAUGACAGUUGAGCCUUCGGAGUUACCUGAGUAUCAAGUAAAACGCAAGGAGAUUACCAAAGGACGACCAAAGAAUAACUCGACAAAGAGAGACCCUUCCGGAUGGCAGUAUCAUAUUGAUGAGGAGACAAUUAAGUUGUCUUGUGGUUCCAAGGGUCGCCAAACCUCAUCUGGUGCAAAGAUUCCUAAAGCAAAGGUUGAGAGAAGCACUGAUGGAAUACUUCAAUCGAAGAUGAAAGGUCGUGGUUCUCGUAUUCCCACACAAAAAUCUGCUGCCCCUACAAUACAUGCACAUGAAAGAAUCGACUUUUAUUCUUUCGUGCCCCGAUUUAUGGUUCGUCUUAUUCAAGAUUAUGUUAACGUGAUGGCGGAUGGCAACUGUGGGUACCGGUGCUUUACUCAAGCCGUGUACGGGGAUCAAGAAAGAUGGCCACAAGUGAGAGGGGAGUUGUUUAUUGAGUUAUACGAGCAUGCUAAUGUGUACACGGCGAUGUUUGACAGUACCGGAUACGUUGAGGUCAUAUGCAAGUGUGACUGGAACUCAGGGCCUUGUCCACAAGCUUAUUGGAUGGACAUGAAUGAAAUGGGAUUGGCCAUUGCUACCAGAUACAGUGCAUUAGUGGUCAAUUUGAGUGCCUGA